UGCAACUUCCGGCCCAUCGGAGAGCGGUGUGAGCGAAUUCCGUAGGGUCCUACAGUGCUACACUCUGGGUGAAGGUAACCUCCGUGGUCGCUGUGGGAGCUCGGCGUGGCUGGACACGCGUGACCAUGUGGCGUCUGCUGGCUCGCGCCAGCGCGCCCCUCCUGCGAGUGCCUUUAUCAGAUCCUUGGGCAGCGCCGCCCGCCAGUGCUGGCCUGAAGACGCUGCUCCCGGUGCCGACUUUUGAGGAUGUUUCCAUUCCUGAAAGGCCAAAGCUGAGAUUUGUUGAAAGGGUACCACUUGUGCCGAAAGUCAGAAGAGAACCCAAAAACUUACGUGACAUACAAGGACCUUCUACAGAAGCUACUGAGUUCACAGAAGGCAACUUUGCAAUCUUGGCACUGGGUGGUGGUUACCUGCACUGGGGCCAUUUUGAAAUGAUGCGCCUGACAAUCAACCGCUCCAUGGACCCCAAGACCAUGUUUGCCUUGUGGCGAGUACCACCCCCUUUCAAGCCCAUCACCCGCAAGAGUAUGGGACAGCGCAUGGGGGGAGGCAAAGGUGCCAUCGAUCACUACGUGACUCCCGUGAAGACUGGCCGCCUCAUAGUAGAGAUGGGGGGACGCUGUGAAUUCAAAGAGGUACAAGGUUUCCUCGACCAGGUGGCCCACAAGUUGCCCUUCCCAGCAAAGGCGGUGAGCCGUGAGAUGCUAGAGAAGAUGCGGAAAGACCAAGAGGAACGAGAGCGUAACAACCAAAACCCCUGGACCUUUGAGCGCAUAGCCACUGCCAACAUGCUGGGGAUACGGAAGGUACUGAGCCCCUAUGACCUGACCCAGAAGGGGCGAUACUGGGGCAAGUUCUACCUGCCUGAACGCGUGUAGUGAGAAUGUGAGAGAUGAAGGCACAGGGGGAAGGAGUCUGCAUUUGUGUUCCCUCAGCCCGCCCUGAGGCUUUGGGGGGCUCUGGUGUCAGAACCAGGGAGCAGCGUGCAAGUGCUGUGGGUGACCUCUGGGAAAGUGAUUUAAGUGCACUAUGUAUACACUAAAUAAAAUUUGAGUAUCAGUCACGUUAUAA